UGUUCAGCUGUAGAUCUUUCUCUCUUCGUCCUGUCUCUCGGCCAUUUUUUAGGGACUCAAAAACCGCUGAGAAAAGAUGUACCGGUGCCGGCAAGUAGUCUCGCAAUGUUCGUCAACCAUCAAGUCAAACCUUGGACAUGGUAGACAACGAUACGCUGGCGAAAGUACUACUAAAAGGUUUGGCUCCGAUCAUGGCUACAACAAAACUCCAACGAUCAGGCCGCCCACGUUGAAUGAGAUGCCCACACCCAAGGGUUCGUGGGCAACAGAAUAUUCCCGCCAGCAGUCCAAGUACAACAUGCAUUUGGCUGCUGGAGUGGGCUUCACAGCAUUCACACUUUUUGUGGGGUAUCAAUCAGGUUCUUUCUACCUGAACUAUGAACCAGAUGUAAAAAAUAUGAAAAUUAAUGUGCUCAGUCAUGAGCAGGUACGUGAGAGAGCAGCUGCUGCUGCAUCAGCAGUUCCCGAAGACUCUGGCCCAGAAGUUGUGGUAGCUGCAGUGGAGGAGUCAGCUCCAGUAGAAGUUGUAGCACCUGCGGUGGAGGAGUCAGCUCCAGUAGAAGUUGUAGCACCUGCGGUGGAGGAGUCAGCUCCAGUAGAAGUUGUAGCACCUUCUGUAGUUGAAGAUGCAUCUCCAGAAGCUGCAGAAGAGGUUGCACCACCAGUAGUUGAAGAAGUCACUCUAGUUGCUGUACCUGAUGUUGAAACUGUUGCAGAACCAAGUGGAGAUCAAAAAGGACCCUCUGACCAGUCAGAAGUAGUCGCUCCAGUUACUGCAAUCGUCGGAGAUCUACCCGUCCAUAUUCCUUAUCUGUUGAUUGGAGCCGGUACUUCUUCAUUCGCCGCUUUCCGUGCCAUAAAAUCCCGUGACCCUAAAGCAAAGGUCUUAGUCAUUGGCGAAGAAAACCACUUACCUUACAUGAGGCCACCACUAUCGAAAGAACUGUGGUUCAGUGACGAUCCCGAAGUGUCAAAUAAACUCAAGUUUAAGCAGUGGAACGGUAAAGAGCGAAGUUUGUUCUUCGAACAGGAUGAAUUCUACUGCAGUCCCGCAGAAUUAGUUGCCAAAGAAAAUGGUGGCGUGUCAGUUGUGCGAGGACAUCGUGUAGUUAAACUGGACAUUGUCGGUCGCAAAGCUGAGUUAGAUGACGGCCGUAGCAUCACCUACGAUAAGUGCCUUAUUGCCACAGGUGGCAAACCGAAAUCGUUGCCAUCGCUGAGCAGUGCCCCAGAAAAUGUGCAGGAGCAUGUAACACUAUUCCGCAACAUUGAUGACUUCAGGCGACUCGAGUCCAUCUCUCGCCAAGUCAAAUCCAUCACGAUCAUCGGUGGUGGAUUCCUCGGCAGUGAACUUGCCUGUGCUCUUGGUAGAAGAGCCAAAACAAGUGGACUAGAAGUACUUCAAGUUUUCCCAGAAGAUGGUAACAUGGGCAAAGUUCUCCCGAAAUAUUUGAGCCAAUGGACGACCGAGAAGGUGAUUGGUGAAGGUGUUCAGGUUUUACCCAAGACGCACGUUCAGGGAGCAACGAUGGAAGAUGAUAAGGUCGUUUUGACCUUGCAGGAUGGACAAAAGAUUAAAACAGACCAUGUUGUUGUUGCCGUCGGUCUUGAUGCAAACACGGAUUUGGCUAUCGCCUCUGGUUUGGAAAUUGACCCCAAUUUUGGUGGUUACCGAGUCAAUGCUGAACUUGAAGCCCGUUCAAACGUCUGGGUGGCUGGUGAUGCUGCCUGCUUUUACGAUAUCAAACUGGGUCGUCGUCGUGUUGAACAUCAUGAUCACGCUGUCGUGUCUGGUCGUUUAGCGGGAGAAAACAUGACCGGCGCUGGCAAACCAUACUGGCAUCAGUCCAUGUUUUGGUCAGACUUGGGACCUCAUGUUGGCUAUGAAGCCAUCGGCAUCGUAGACUCGUCAUUGGAAACAAUGGCCGUUUUUGCCAAAUCGACUGCCGCAGACACCCCGAAAGCCGUUGUCGAAGCUACCGGCGAAGGUGUUCGAUCAGAAACGGAAAAUGCUGCUACAGAACAAUCUUCCAUGAAAGGAUCGAGCAAGCUUCACGCACCAGUCCAGGGUGAACAUUACGGCAAAGGAAUCGUCUUUUACACGAGGAAUGAUGUUGUGGUCGGUAUGGUCCUCUGGAAUGUAUUCAACAAAAUUCCCGUCGCGCGCAGGAUUCUGAAGGAAGGCUUGACGACGGACAAACUCGCUGAAGCGGCCAAACUCUUCGACUUACACGAGUGAACUGGUUUCAAUUCCUGAUCGUUAUUCACUUUUGAACCUGCCAGUUGUAUAGGUAAAGCCUGUCGAAAUCGUGUAGGAAGUGAAAUUGUUGUACCUCCCCUUCCCACUACCCCAUCUCGGUGUUGUCGGAGUUGAGCUCUUUAUUUUGUACGGUGACGAUGGUAACGGCGGUUCUUUGUAUAAUUGCAGUACGACGGACGAAAUACAGUUAGUGGAGAUCCGAA